AUGUUGGUAUGUUUGGGGAUCCAGGUUUCAUGGGAGUGCCUGGUGAUCGGGGUUGUAAAGGAGGUCCCGGUUGCAGUGGGCCUUCAGGACCAAAGGGACCACUCGGUCCGCCAGGGACCCCCGGGUCCACCCGGAUGCCCCGGUCAGGUCGGAGAUCCCGGUCUGCCGGGAGAAAUUGGCCGGAACGGGUCUAAAGGUAAGAAGGGGGGUCCUGGAUCUGAGGGACUCAUAGGCUCCGUUGGGCCCCCAGGUCCAGAUGGAAAGAAAGGAGACCCAGGCCUACAAGGGGAGAAGGGAAUUAAGGGAGAGAAAGGUGAUCGUGGUCCGAUCGGCGACUACGGUCCUCCUGGACCAUCCUCAAACUUGAACGCGGGCUUCCUGUUGGUGAUGCACAGCCAAUCAAAGAAGGUUCCCAGCUGUCCACUGAACAUGAGGGUGCUGUGGGAAGGGUACAGUCUUCUGUACCUGGAGGGGCAGGAGAAGGCUCACACUCAGGACCUUGGUCAGGCAGGCUCAUGUAUGCGCGUCUUCUCCACCAUGCCCUUCUCCUCCUGCAACUUGGGAACCUGCUCUUAUGCCAGUCGCAACGACAAAUCUUACUGGCUGUCGACGAUGGCAGCGUUGCCAAACAUACCCGUGGACGGGCAAUCCAUCGAAGACCACAUCAGCCGCUGCGUGGUGUGCGAAGCCCCCUCCUCACCCGUCGCACAGCACAGCCAGAGCUCCUACCAGCCACCGUGCCCACGAGGGUGGAGGAGCCUGUGGACUGGAUACUCCUUCCUCAUGCAUACAGGUGCAGGCGACGAGGGCGGCGGCCAAUCUCUGACAUCAUCAGGCAGCUGUCUGACGGACUUCAGGGCUCAGCCCUUCGUGGAGUGUCAGGGCCCGCGAGGAACCUGCCACUACUUUGCCAACAUCUACAGCUUCUGGCUGACUAUCAUGGAGGACAGCACCUCUUCCUCCGACCGCUCCGCCACCACAAUGACGGACAGCUCGCAGCAGAGGGAGAACAUCGGGAGGUGCAACGUCUGCAUGAUGAUGGAAUGA